AUGGGAAGGCUGUUUCUGAUUUAUCUGGAAGGCAACAAGUAUACUUGCAAGCACUGCCAAACGCAUCUUGCUCUCUCCGAUGACAUUAUUUCUAAGUCUUUCCACUGCAGGCAUGGGAAGGCUUAUCUCUUUGAUAAAGUUGUGAAUGUUACUGUUGGGGAGAAAGAAGAGCGGAUGAUGAUGACCGGAAUGCACACAGUUGUUGACAUAUUCUGCGUGGGAUGUGGCUCAAUUGUGGGAUGGAAAUAUGAAGCUGCUCAUGAGAAGAGCCAAAAAUACAAAGUAGGAAAGUUCAUCCUUGAGAGGUUUAAAGUAUUGGGCCCUGAUGGAAGCAACUAUUCGAUCACUCAAGAUACCCAGAUGGCUGGAAGCGAUGCUGAUGAUGUCUGAUUAUUUUUUGGAGUUCUGACCAUUCAGCUCUUUUGAAAUGUACAUCCUCGGACUGAACGUUUCCUUUCUUGCUGCUAAUUCCAAUAUGCAUCUAGUGGUUAACUGGAGAGCAGUUCUGUUGGAUGUGUUUUUGAAUGGCCAUCAUUUCUAGAACUGAAUCUAACGUGAUUUAUGACUUGAAUCAUUUUGCUACCCACUUUGGGUACCAGUACAUAAACGGGGAAGACGUAUGUCUUGAUCGGAUACAGGAGUAUGUUUGAGCGAUUAUACAUCUGCUUUGUUGUCCUACUUACAUUAUUUCGACAAUUUCCAAAUGGGCUUUUCUUUCUUCCGCAAGUCAAUAGUUUGGUGUUAUACCCAUUUGGUUCUAGGCAUUAACCCAGAUAUCCUAUGGCUUCAUCUAA